AUGACUCAAGAUUUUAAGUCAGAAUCGCAAAUCAAAGACAUAUCUAGAGUAUUUAUUUCUGGGAAUGCUGCUAAAUUUUCAGUAUUUUUUACUGCUGGUCAAUAAAUAAGAGGAGUGACGAAAAAAGGCAAGGAUUUUUUUAAGCUUGAAACUAGUCAUACGGAAACAAUUAAGAGUCUGCAUGUUUAAGGUUAAAAUUUAUGGUCAGCAGGUGAAUACAUCUUAAAUUGCUAUGAGAGUGUAAAUAACAAGAUAGUAGACAAAUACUUUUAUAUAUGUGAUGACAGGAUAAAUGAUAUGGUUGUUACCUCAGUGAGUGGUCAAAUGGUUCUAAAUCCAGUAAUUGCAUGUUAAGAUAAGACAUUAAAAGUAUUAAUUGAGGGAGAUAAAGUUCUAUAUUAAUAGAAAUUUGAUGCAGCAUGCACAGCAUUAAUCUUAGCAAAUGAAUAAACUCAUAGAUAUUGCCCAAUUGUUGGAUAUGGCUUGAAAAAUGGAGGUAUAGGAUGCAUUGAGCUAACAAGAGAUGAGCCUAUUGUAUUAUGGAGCUUAGAGGGAUCUUAAACUAAUGGUUCAGCAGCAUCUAUUGUUAAAACUUGCGAUAUUUUGGGUGAAGAAGGCUUUCAUAAUUUUAUCGUGGUUAGAGAUGAUAGUUCUGUAGAAAUAUACUCAUAUGAGCACAAAUCCCCUAUUCCGAUCUUAAGAUUUGAAACUAAACUUGACGAAUCUAUAACUGGAAUAGAUGUGGGCUUUAUUACUAAUCCACAAAGAUAAGAAAUUUUGCUUAGCACUUACAGUGGGAAGAUAAUGUCAUUGGUUGAUAAAGGUGGUCUAAAUAAGUAAAUGACUGUAGCCCCAGCUGCAUCUGAAAAAAUGGUUAAACUGUAACUAUAACAAAUUAAGAGUGAGAAAUAGGAUAAAAUCUCUACUCUAUAAAAAGAAGUAGAGCUUCUGAAAAAGAAGGCUAAAGAGAUUGAAAGGAUUCAAGAGUAAGAGCUUGAAGAUGAAAAUGUUUAAAUUGCCAUUGUGUAAGGAGAUGUACCCUAGGUAGAUUAUGGGGAAUCAUUUAAAGUUUCGUAUAAGUUAAACAUUCUUCCUUCUGAGGCUGCUUACUCAUUAUUCUUAGAUUCUCAACUUCCCAUUGAUUCAGUUGUACUUUAAAGCAUGCAAAAUAUUGAUAUCAUUAGUGCUAAAGAUAACAUAUGUCAAAUAAAUAAAAUAGAAGACAAGAUUAAUAAUAAUGUUCUCCUAGCUACUCUCAAAGUAGCCGGUGAUGAUUCGAAGAGUUCAAGAAUAGAAAUAAAGAUAAGAACCUCAGAGGGUUAGACAGGCCAUUUAAAUGUCAUUAUUACACCAAAGCCAAGCACAGGUAAUAAAACAGCAUAAUUCCUUGAUGUUCCUUUGAGACCACUUAAUUUGCAUGAGAAAAUCGAUGCAGUAGAUGAAAAUCUUAAAUCGGAAUUGCCGCUGAGCUAGAUAAGCAUAAAUGGAAAAUUCUCUUUAACUGAUGCCCAUAACUGGAUAUCAAAUUGUCUACCUGAUGUUCCACCUAAUGUCUCUUCUGAUGAGUAGGAUUAAGUACACACGCUAUACUUCAAAUCUACAUUCGUUGGCACUUUUCUCUUCAUUGAGUUAUAAAAAGCUAAAAUUAUUGUGGAAAGUGACAAUAUUUCAGUCAUUACGAUUAUUAAAGAUUAAUUGACUUCUGAGGCAUCAGUAAAAAAGAUAGCUAUUGAUAUUGAAUCUUAAAUCAAUGACAAAUCGAUUUUUAGGACUAUAGAGCUACUUCACCCUCUUAUUUAAGAAUAAUACACAAUUGCUCAGAAGAAUUAAUUGAUCGAUGGUUUGAAAGAACUUUAACUUUAGGAAGAAGAUAAUGGGUUUUUAUCGGAAGAGUAUAAGGAGAUACUGAGAAAUUCAGAUGAAAUAAGACUUUAAUUCAAGUAAUAGCCCCGUAAAUUGACCUAUCUCUGGGGAAUAAUUGCAGAUCUCUACAUGGAUACGGCCAAAAUUAAGGGUCAUCAUAAUGUAGGUAGCCGAAUUACUUAGCUAAAGUAGAUUCUAAAUCAAUACAAUUACGAGGAGUUAGUCUCCUUUUUCAAACACUCUUGGUGA